UUCUUUUUCAUUUUUUUUUGUUAAUCAUUUUUGCAUGGUUUACAGGCCAGUCUCGAAUAUUGCUCUCAGAGCUUGACUCAGAAUCCAGUACCCUUGCUUCAGAAUCAAGCUCCAUAUAAGUUAAUGGCGUCCCAACCAUUCCAUCAGGCAUCAGCGGGAAUGAACAGCUUUGUUCCGUCCAACCCAUCAUCAGGAAGCCAUGGCGGCCAGGUGGACCUCACCCUCAGGCUAGGAUUACCUAAAGACUCUCAAGAAAAGAACAAUCUUUUCAACUUGGGCGGCCAAUAUGCUAAUCCUCCUGCUGUGAACCCUCACCAUGCCUAUUUCAGCUAUAAUCAUGCAGGUCGCCCUUACACUCCGGGCACAUAUCCUUUGGGCAUGGCUUCUCAUGGAAUGGGCAGCACGAACGGCCAGCUGGGUGGACAGAUGUAUGAUCACACCAUGAAUCAUAUGAAUGAUCCAUGGUUAGCAAACCCUAAUUACAUGAAUUCAAAUGGAGUGCUAGGGCAUCAUCCCUACAACUACUACAGCAAUAUCCAGCCACCUCCAGCACCGCAAAUGAAUGAGUACGUACUGCUCAACCCCUCCUCUAGGACGCUUGGCAGCUCGUCUUCAAGGCGCCAAUGCAAUACCAAUUAUAAUGACCCUAAUAAGAGGUGCACCAACUAUAACUGUGGCACUAAUAACACUCCCAUGUGGCGCAAAGGUCCCCUUGGUCCCAAGAGCCUUUGCAAUGCUUGUGGGAUCAAGUAUAGAAAGGACGAGGAGAGAAAGAAAGCCAGAGAUGCAGCUGAAAGCUCCGGCACAAGCAGCCGGGAUCAGGAAUGAGAGAUCAGAAGAAGUCAAUGCUCGAUCGACGUGUUUGACAAGAAUAUCAUGAGGUUUCAAAAUAAUUCAGAGUUGGAUGAAAGUCUAUGGAACAUAACCAUAUAUAUAUGGCUUUUCCUCAUUUUCCGGAAUACAUUUUGGGAUGAAAAUACUCAUCAAAAUAUUUGGUAGCUUUUUGCUGUUUAGAAUAAGAACAUGGACGAAUGUCAUGACAUUAAUAUUGG